AUGCGUAACGAUCCUACACCGUAAUUACCGUACACUCUUCUCUCCUAUUGGUCGAGAGGCACGAUCGAGAAAACGAUAACGAACCAGUCGGCUAACGGCGUGCAUGGGGAGAGCACGUGUCGUUCAUAUUGUUGCGCGCGAUUCGUCGAGCUUAUACGUCGACUCCUGCGAUCUUACCACCACCACCAUCAGCGACAUUUUCAGUAGCAGUGAGAUAGACGUUACUGGGAACGCCGCCAGCGUCGCUAGUACCACCGUGGAGGAAAAACUAUCGGCUUCCCCUCCCGUGGAGGCGGUUCACGGCACGAAAAUCGCAGUACCCUCGCGUACACCGAGUACAGUGUCCGCGAAUGCGAGAUACAUCAGCGUACGCCGCCGGCCUGUCACGAUGCUGCUUGCGGUGAUCGCGCUACUCUGCGCCGGCAGCACUGCCGAGGUCUUCACCAACACGUUUCUCGUGAAGAUGAGGGAGCCUGCGGAAAGACAUAUCGCGGAUCGCGUGGCUGCUAGAAAUGGAUUCGUCAAUCUUGGACCGGUAUUGGGCAGCCAAACGGAAUACCAUUUCGUGCACAGGGCUUUGCCACACGCGCGGAGCAAGAGGUCCGUGCCGCAUAUGAGAAAAUUGAAAGUGGAUCCUUUGGUGCAUACUGCCGUGCAGCAGCCUGGAUUCAAGAGGGUGAAGAGAGGCUAUAAACCGCUGAGCGUGGAUAAUCUGGUGCCCCUUUACCAAAUUAAAAACCCAGCGAAUCCUGGUAACAAAGACCCUUCUGAUCCUUACUUCCAGUAUCAAUGGUAUCUGAAAAACACUGGUCAAAACGGCGGAAAGCCGAAAUUGGACUUGAACGUGAAGGCAGCCUGGGCUCAAGGUGUUACUGGCAAGAACGUCACCACUGCUAUAAUGGACGAUGGUGUCGACUAUAUGCAUCUGGACCUGAAGGAUAACUACAACGCAAAGGCCUCCUACGACUUCAGCAGCAACGAUCCUUAUCCAUAUCCAAGAUACACCGACGAUUGGUUCAAUAGCCACGGGACCAGAUGCGCCGGAGAAGUGGCCGCUGCUCGUGAUAAUGGCGUCUGCGGCGUAGGCGUCGCUUACGACUCGAAAGUCGCUGGGAUCCGAAUGUUGGAUCAGCCGUAUAUGACCGAUCUGAUCGAAGCUAACAGCAUGGGACACGAACCUGACCUCAUAGACAUUUAUAGUGCCUCAUGGGGACCGACUGACGACGGGAAGACCGUGGACGGGCCACGGAACGCGACGAUGAGGGCCAUCGUGCGCGGCGUUAAUGAGGGUCGACGAGGGCUAGGAAAUAUUUACGUGUGGGCUUCCGGGGAUGGAGGAGAGGAAGACGAUUGUAACUGCGAUGGCUAUACGGCCAGUAUGUGGACGGUGAGCAUUAACAGCGCCAUCAACGACGGUCAGAACGCCCAGUAUGACGAGAGCUGUUCGAGUACCCUGGCAUCGACGUUCAGCAACGGUGCUAAGGAUCCCAUUAUAGAGGUG